AUGGAAGCUGCGGCACCUUCAGCCUUGACGUUGAGUCAUCCUAAGGUCUGCGUUACAAGAACCCAGAUAAUGAACAAAUCUAAGUCUGCGACAGAUCCGAUUGGUGAGUUGAGUCACGUUGUUGUGCGUUCCCUUUCCGUGUCGGAACCAUUAGAUAUUGAACUUAGACGGCAUCAACGAAAGCUAGAGCACACUGAGCACACACUCAAACGUCACGAUUCACCGAGUGUUAUAGCGAGCUCCUUCCAAGAGACGUUUAAUGGUAGGAAGGGGUGGUAUGAGUUUGCACAACGGAAAUCUCGAGGACGUUCAAAACGCCGAUUCUAUGAGCCUUCUGUAGAACGUUUUCCUCCAGCCAGUAUUACCAAGUCUAGAUUGAGAGUUGUCCAAGAAAUGCCCUUCUGGAGGUUAGACGCUAACAGAUUCCGCAGAACAGUGAGCUCGUUUGAGACUAGAGAAAGAAGGGAUGCCAGAUGGCGCCAGUCUGCACUUCAAAGCAUGCCAUUCGCUCAUUAUCCAUGGAAGAAGAUUCACAAGCUGUUUGAUGAACCCGACCCCUCAAAAAUUGCCCGCAGACGACUUAAGUAUGCUGCGAAACGGAAAUUCAUGCAGAUGCAAAUAGAUCGACAACAACGAAAAGUGUCUCAAGAGAUUUCUCCAACAAAUCCAAAAAUUAAGUUGCGUCAACGUCCCCACUCAACGUUGGAAAAGACAACAGCAUUCAUCGAGGGCGGAGUAGAAGUCAUAGCCGAUACCAAUCCGCUGGAGGACAGAGAUCCAAGCCCUUCACUCAUCUCUACACCAGAGACACCACUUGCGGCAAAACCACCCAUAGCAUCAAGACCCAAUCCAACCACCAAAUCAUCCACCUCGACAAUGUCUGGAACCGCACCCAAUUCCAUUCGAACACGAGUUGGUGGAUCGGACUGUCGGAGUUGUGAACGCAAAGCCUAUCGUGCAGAAAGUGUUGAAGCUCUGGGCCAAGUGUUUCACACCUCCUGCUUUCGAUGUGCCAAAUGCUCUCGUGUCCUCCAACGCAGCAAUUGGAAUCACAAGGAGGGCAAAUUCUACUGCAAUCCCUGUCAUCGCAAAUUAACUUUGCUAACAUUCCGUCACUAG